CCACCACAGUCUGGGAAGGCAGUCCUAAUGGCGGAGAAUGUGCGGUCGCCCUUUGACUACCGGGAGCCCCCGACGCUCGACAGCGACGGUGAUGGCAGCAAACCACCGCCGCAACGUGGUCGCGUUUGUGGGAGAAAACGGAAAGGGACGCCCGUGAAAGUGUGUGACCGGGCAUACGUAACAGAGGAUGAGGAGGAGGAGAGCUUGUCGGAGCACAGCUACAGCCCUGGUGAGGGCCAGUACCCAGAGGGCGCAGAGGACCGCCUCCCCCCACCCGGCAGUCCCUACUACCUGCCCGAUCCCGCCCAGCUCUGUGUGCCAGAGCUGGGCGAGGAGGGUGCCGGCGGAGUCCGGGGCCCUGUGCUGUUCCACCCGCCCCCCAAUUGCAGAAUCCGUGAGGUGCACUGCGGGACUCAGGUGCGGCUGGUCGUCAUAGCGAUCCGGGACAUUGCCAAAGGGGAGGAGAUCACGGUAGACUACAGCUUGACGGACUGGGGCGAGAACGCAAUGGAAGAAGAGGGCGGCCCCCACCCACUCUCCCUGUCCGUUUCCGAUUACCUCACCCCUUCGUGGUCGCUAUCGCCCUCAUCCUCCCCACUCACCCACUCGGAGCCCAGUGACUCGGACCGUGAGGAGGACGAGGAGGAGGAAGACGAUGAUGAUGAUGACGAUGAUGAGGAGGAGGACAUGGAGGAGAUGCGGGGCCGCAUGCUCCGCCGCCGCAAGAAGCGCAAAAUCGCUGCGGUAGGGGUUGGCGCCAAGAAAAAGGGUGCCCCUACCUCCUCGCGAGGGCCCGGCCGCCCCUGCUUGUCCUUUUCCCGCCCCACGCCUGUUGGACCGCCCCCUAGGUCUCCACCUAAGCCGGUCAGCGCUCGAGCACCGCCGCCUCCAACCACCAACAUCAACAAUAACAUUAACAUAAACAUCGGCAGCUCUAGUGGCGCCACAGUGAGCCGUCGGCAGCACUGUCCCUACUGCGGACGCCACUAUCGCUCUUUGCCACGCCAUCUGGAGAAGCACCACGCCAGCCAGCCGGAGGUCAGGUCGGCCAUGGAGCUGGCGCACCUCCGCACACACUCCAAUGGCACCGCCAAGCACCCUUUGUCCACUGUUGCCUCCUCUCACGGUCAUUCCUUCGCAGUCCCGCAGUCAUCACCUCCCAACCCGACGGUGGCGCCACCCUCUCUCUUCACUCGGGAGCGGGAAUCGCCACGUACGGGCACUGGCGGAGUUUCUUUCUCAUUGUCCUUGUCGCCGCCCGCUUCCAAAAAAAAUCCACCGGCGGCUAGCUCGCCCACAAAGCGCGCCGCCCCCCCUCCGGUGGCGCCUCGGAUAAAGAGCCCGACACCUCCUCCCCCGCCUCCAUCACCUCCCAGGCGGGGUCGCAGGUUGAAGAGGGAGAAGCAUGAAGAGCCGCAGAAGAUAGAAGAGGAUCUGGCUCCGCCUCCGACGCCAGAACCAGACAUAGAUCCGGAUGAAGAUAUAGAGCUUAGUGCAGAUGGCGAGUGUGACACUCCAGAGGAGAAGAAUGGGGAUGCUACAAGGUCACGUCGGCAUCACAUCUCCCCACUUCUUUCCUCCCUCUCCAUUUUGGUGCUCUACCUCCGACAGCAGCAGCGAUCUGCCUUCCUUGCGCUUAACCAUUCCCGCUCGGCCGAGGCCUGGCGUCAGCUGUGCCACUCCAGCCUCUCCCUGCUCAUCCUCUACAACCGCCACCGUGAGUGUGAGGUGGCCAAGCUCACUAUCCAGGACUACCGUAAGCGAGCCACCCCGGAGAACCCUCGUAAUGCCUCCCCCUCUGACAUGGAGGCUCUCCUGUCCCCCUUUGAACGCAAUGUCCUCUGCCACCUCUCACGGGCCAGCGUCAUGGGCAAACGCGGGCGACUCCAACCCCUCAUCCUGCCCCCGAACUCUGAAUCCUGCCUAGACCUGCUCCUUCAAACGAGCCCCGAGGUGGGCGUGGACCCUGAGAGCCCUUAUGUCUUCUCCCGCCCCUAUCAUUCCCCCGCUACACCUCUCCGGGGCACAGACCUCCUGCGGAAUCUUGCACGAGCCAGUGGGGCCAAGAACCCUGGGGCGAUAACGGGAACGCGAGUGCGCCGGCAGGUCGCCAUCUUCACUCAGCUGCUGCUCCUCGAGGAGGGCGAGGGUCAAGGCGGUGCCACCAAGCGCUUGGAAAACUUCUUAGAGACGGAGUACCAUGUGACGCAGAACUGCUCUUCCAUCGUACGGGACGCUGCCCUUAUGGGUCGUGUGGGGCGCGUCGUUCUCUACGGGGAGAAGGAGGGCGUUCUUUUCCGUGGGAUGAGCCUCCAGCACAUCUGUCUUGAGUUGGAUGUGAUGUCCGGCAACUCGGCAGACUCCUUCUCGGAAGAGUCAGAGCCAGAAGACCACAAGGAGGAAGUGCAAGAAAAGGUGGACGUCGUAGUGAAGAAGAAAGGACCGGGGAGACCACCGAGGAAGAAGAGAGUGCCCAUUACUCCGCCAGUUAGUACCUCCGUAGCUGGCACCCAGAAGAGGAGAUCGGCCCCACCCAAAUCAGGGAAGCGUGGCGUGUUGAAGCGUCCCUGGUCGGAGGCUGAACGCAUUUCUGUGGAGACGCACCUGAAGCGUAACCUGGUGGAGCUGCGUGUGCCUGCCAAGGCUGACUGCGAACGCUGCCUGGAGCUCUGCCCGCUGCUAGUCAGCAACCAGCGUGACUGGCGCGCCAUCAAGUUCUACGUGCACAACCGCAUCCAGCUGCUGAAAAAGCAGGGGCGCAGGGAGAGUGCAGUCAUUGCAGCUGCAUCCGUUUAAAUCGACGACAACGGUAACCUUAUUUUCAUAUAAAAAAUAAACACCAGCAAUCAUGGUGGAGUGCAGCUUCCAACUGUAAUAUAAUAUAAAGGGAGUACUAUAACAACUGGCUCCCUCUAGUGGUGAACAAUCACUUUGUCUCUUGUUAAUGUGAACUGCCAAUGUAGCAUUCAUGUAUGGGCUACUAAUAUUCUUUUGAUGACCAAACGUGAAUGUUUAAAGCAGCAGCAUUUUUUCAAAAAGGCCCACAGAUGGACUGCGUUGUCUUCUAGGUCAGUGUUUCCCAACUUUCAUUGAGCCAAGGCACAUAUUUUAUAUUAGAUAAAUCUCAACUAAACAGCAGGAUACACAGGUUAAUUAUGUAUAUUCUGCCAUCUAGUGGAAGACCAUGUAUUUGUUCUGCCUGCCCGUAUACGUUGCUUACAUACAGUAGAUAAACAAAGAUACAUUAUUUGUAGUAAAUACGUUUUUGGGCCAAUGAAGUGAAAUUGGAUCAUUUUCUGUGACACGCAUGAUGAUCACUCACUCUGUAUCGGCACAGUGGUUGGGGUUCACUGUUCUAGACUGAGUUGUUUGUUUUUUUUACACACGUAUAUAUGUAUACAUGUGUGUGUGUGUGUGUGUGUGUGUGUGUAUAUAUAUAUGUAUAUGUGUGUGUGUGUAUGUAUAUAUAUUUCCUGAGAGGGGUACAAA